AUGGCACACCCCAAAGAAUUUAUUCAAGACCUGUCCCAUAACCAUAUCGCUUCGCUCGAUCGAACACGCGUGAAAUCAGUGCUCGAGAAUGAGCUCCAUUUCCUUCCAUCGGGAGCGUUUAGUUUAUUGACUCGACUCGAAUAUCUUCGACUUUCUGGCAACUCGAUCGAAUCCUUCCAUAAGACUGCGAUGACCGGCCUGGAUAACCUCAAUGAGCUUGAUCUCUCGUCCAAUUCACUCGCUGUCUGCUUGGAGGACAACGCCAUGCUCUACAACACAUCAAUGCCGUUUCUGAAAUCGUUGAAAUUCCGAAAUAAUCAACUUCGGGUUAUUCCGAGCAGGGCUUUUGAAAGAUUCCCCGCUUUGGAACAUCUCGCCCACGCUUUGGAACAUCUCGAUUUGAGUGACAAUCCGAUCACCACCGAUACAUCCGGGAGCAUUCAGCCCACUUCAACUUCAGGAAUUAUAUUUGGACACUUCGGCACUGCUGUGCGAUUGUCACUUGGCAUGGUUCUCGUCAUGUGUGCGCGUCUAUUGAAGAAUGGCUCCGGUCCUAACGAACGAACCAUCAAUGGUCAAGAGUUAGCAAGCGCCGAGUUGCUGCUACUGGACGUCUCGACGUCGGAUCGAGCAGAGUACCAGUGUGUGGUUCGGAAUCGAUUCGCUGCUGAACAUAGUAUUCGAUCAGUGCUGAAGAUAUUCCAAGUGCCGAUCUUCUUGAAUGAGCCGGACGACAUGUCAUUGCUGGUCGGGCAAAAUGCAAAGAUUAUGUGUGCUGCCACA